UUUCAUGGCACAUCCGGAGGAGGAACGAGGCUGGAGCAGUGAGGGUCACGUGCUUUCGCUGGCCCCGCCCCCGAGGUGCGGCUGAACUGGAGCGGACCAUGUUGCUGCUGCUGGAGAAGCUACCGGCAGACCAGGCCCUAAAGUUCCUUCACCAAAUAGUUGAUGGCAUAUGUGGCCGUGCAUAUUGUCGAUAUCAGGAUUAUGGCAAUGUUUGGAAUUUGGCAGAAUGGAUGGAGAUAUUAGAAGAAACAACAACAUACUUCAAAACUACAGUUGGCAAAAAUCUGUCAGAUGAAGAGGCUGUUCAGCAGUUAAAUGAAUUGAGCUCAAGCUAUCAAGAAGCAAUCACAAAAUGCUUGAAAGGCAGAAAGGAAGAAAUCAGGCAUGCACUGGUAGAAAGCAUAAGUGCAAUCUCCUCUGCCCAGCUACAGGAUUUUGACUGGCAGUUAAAGCUUGCUCUCUCCAGUGAUAAGAUCUCCAUGCUGCAAAUGCCACUUCUCAAUCUUGAUCUGGAUGUGAAAGAAAAUGGUGAAAUUAAGCCAGUCUCUGUAGAAAUGAAUAAGGAAGAACUGCAGAACCUAAUAAAUGCACUGGAAGCAGCUAAUAAGGUCGUUUUGCAGCUGAAAUGACGAGACUUGACUAUCAGUGACAUCUGUUGGUGAUGGUUCCGCAAGAGACUGCAAAGAGAAUGGAGAUAUAUUCUGUGAAGUGGGAACGUAAUGAUGCUAUUGAAGUACUGAGUUAAGCGAGCCAUACUGAUGUGGACCAGAAGAUUUAUCAAAAAUUUGCUGGAAAAAGAGAGCCUGCUGUCCACUAGACCCAAAACACAGUUGCCUUGUAGAAAAUGCUGAAAGUUAUAUAGGCCUGUGAAAGACUACAGUAGCAUUUAUGAAAAAUUUGAGUGCUAUGUUUGACUUUGGAGAGGAGAUUUUGCAAAUGUACAUAAGCUUGUUUUUGUUCAGAGUAAGAAAUCUUGCCUUCACAGUAACUUAUACAUAACAGUGUAAUAUGAGUUGCUUUCCUGGGAAAGGUAAGCACACCUGUGUCCUAGAACAUAAAUAUUUGAUACUUGUGAAUAGCAAAGUAAUAAACAGUUGAUGCUUUACAUAG